UGAUUUUGCAUUUCAGGGAAGGAGGACUGUUCUGUUUACUAACAAUUCUCCUCCCUGUCAGCUCGGGCACACUGCUUUGGAUGGCUGUGCACAGCACAGCCAUCCAAAGCAGUGUGCUUACAGUGAAGCACACUGACACGGCCCCCUAUGUAAAAUACUCCCAGCACACAGUUAACCCUUUGAUCGCCCUAAUGUUAACCCCUUCCUGCCCAGUGCCAUUAGUACAGUGUCAGUGUUUUUUUUAGCACUGAUCACUGUAUUGGUGUCACUGGGGAUGUCAGUGACACCAAGUCAGUUCCCCCCAGUUGUCAGAAUGUCUGCCGCAGUACCACCAUAA